UGAGUAAUAAAGUGAUUUAUUACAAAAUCAAGUCAAAAAAGCAGAAAAAAACAAUGAAUGUAAGGUGUGUAAAGGUGUGGCACAUCGGAGCUCCUGAUGCCAAAAGUAUCAGAGUAAAUACACAUAAGCAAAGGCUGUGCUCAUGUGUUGACUAACUGCAAAAAUAUCACAAUGGAUUUAAAAUUUCUUAUAACAUUUAUUCAUUAUUAGGAUCUUGCUUUUGACGAUCGCAUGCAAAAGUCAGACAUCUGCACGUGAGGGGUCUCCAGCAUAGCCAGCAAGGUGGCAGCAGGUAGUGAAAAAGUAUCAGGGUAUCAUGACGUGACUGAGACGUGUUGUGCCAUGAUGUGACAAGAUGUAAAGUUGCAUGACAUAAAGUUACAUGACAAAAAGUGACGUAAAGUGUUGUAUUUACGCACAGUACACCAUCCGAUCUGACCUAACCUGAACUUUGAGACAUGACCUGACUGAUCAUAUCAUGCCAUCAUUACCCUGAGACACUAGCAAAAUCUGCAAACCCACUGCCACUGUGACGUGACAUAAUGCAAACUGUGAUUGGUCUGCAGGGAUGGAUCAACAGGAUGUGCUCUGUGGAGGAGGAGGAGGAUGUAGAGGGUGGACAUUGUAAUUACUACCUUUUCCAAAGAUGAACUCUGACCUCAUCUUGGAUCCUUUUGAUUAUUUAUUUUAGUGAAAUUUUUGUAAAUGCCUAAGGAGACCCUCAGUUUUGAUAUCAGCCCCAUAACAAACAUUUAGAGAUGCUUUUCAUGCCUUGUACUCUAUCAGUUUGCCAUUUGCCCUUUUCUUUGAAUCAUGACAUCAGAUUGACAUUGAAAUAUUGCAAUAGUCGAACAUUUUCAUGCAGAUUUUUCUUCCUAAUCUCUGUGGUUUAUGCUCCUUUCUUCUUACCAGCUGGCUGACAGGUGGACAGCCCCCCCUGACAUGAGAGGAUCUGCUCCUCCCAUAAUCCUUAGCACUUUCUUCUGCAUCAGAAAAGAAAUAUGAGACUCUGUGACUGAGACCAGUGAGGAAACCACUCAGGCAGCCAAUCAGAGCGCAGCACAUCUGGAGGAAUCCGUCUGCAGCCCCAGAUGGCAGAUCUGUGGGAGACAGAAGAUGAAGGGCGAGAUGUUUGAGUCAAAAUGGCUGAAGAGAAAUAAUCUGCACAUGAAAAGGUUGACUACAUAUCAUCUCAGAGGGUUUAUUUCUAUAAAAUCAUCAUUUCUCAGCUCACCACGUUUGAAUAUGGCCAAAUGUUGAGCUUUAAAGGACUGUAUUUCCAUUUUAUUUCAUAGGAUCUAAGUUCAGUCUGUCUGCGAAGCUCCAUAUCACGGACCUGACUCAAUCAGCAGUUAUUUUGCAUGAAGCUGCAGCUCCAAAGUAUCCCCUGCUGACCCUUUAUCAGGCAGCAGAUCUGUGCCUGGAGCACCCACACAUCUAAACUAGCUGUCUGGCCUCAGUGAUGAACUCCACCACCCACAGGACACCCCACAUUCUUGAGGAAAAGAGCUUCAGAGGAGGAGAAACUCUGUAGAUUUUAAAACUCUGCUUAAAAAGAUGCUUUUACUUCACUUCAUAGAGAUUUUUUUAACACUUUAUAUUUUUUGAUAAAAGUACAAAAAGAUGUGUUUGAUGCUUUAGAAAAGAUACAUUUACAGGAUUACACAUAAUUAUCUGUUUCAUAUGUUCAAAUCAGGAGGAAAAGUCUGAUGAUGUGGAGCUUAGCAGCCAUCUUUGAUUUCCCCCGCCGCCUGUCUGGUGUUGCAGCUCGUCCACAAACAUGAGGAUGUAACUGUGCAGAAAGCGGGAGCUCUGCCAUCUUUAAAACACAUUUCAACUCACUGGCCCCUCCUCCUCUUCUCUUCUCUUUUUUUUUCUCUGCCUCUCUGUCUUUUGGGUUUGACUCAGGGAAGAGCUGAGGUGAAGUUUUCUGGUGGGAGUCCUGGUGAGGGUGGUGGGGGCUGUUGAUGGUGCAGAGGGUUGGGAAAAGCUGUUAUGUUAUUUAGGAUAGAUCAGAGAAGUGACGUGACCUUACACAUCGCCUUAUAUAGAACACACACAUACAUAUAUUUUCAUAUAUACUCAUAUAUAAAUCAUAUAUAAAUCAAGCUGCAAAUCAGAGUUUUGGAGUCCAUAAAAGAGGAUGAAAUCAUCAGAAUUAAGUUUUUGAUCACCAUGACUUGCAUGACGUAUAAAAGUGAAAUGAAAUAUCGAUCACCACUCCUUAUUCAGAAUAAAAGUACAGAUUCUUUCCGCUUAUUUUCCUUUUUUUAUUUUUUGCUCCUGUAUCAAUUCCAGUGCUUAUUGAACAUAUCCAAAUAACACAAGCAUGAAAAGCAUGUCUUAAAAGUGAACUGAGCUGCAAUAAAAGUGUAAAAGUAAUGUCCCUGAGUGCCACAAAUCUUCAAAAUUUAGAAAACGGUGACCAAAUGUACCAACGUUUGACCGAAUCAUUUUUAAUUUUUUACUGUUCCAUGAAAAUGAGCCAACCUCCUCCCUCUAAAAGGAUAGUGAGAUGGUCUUUUUACAGUUCUCAGCUGUCCAUUAGAGAUUGGCCUUGAGCUUUGAGCUCUGAACACUCUAUUCUGUUAAAAAGUGUCCGAACACUAUCACACAUAUCUGUCCUCUUACUCUUUUUAGCCGUGUGUCUGCUUGAUAUUAGUCAGUAUGAGGGCUGACAAUUGUUGGAGUGGUAGUAGGGGAGAUGACAUGUCUGGUCAUGUGGGCAGGUAAGAGUGCUCAGAGAGAGGGGGGGGGGGGGGGGGGAUAGAGAGAGAGAAGCUGAAACUGGAUCUCUGCUUCACACCUGUCUUUUGUCAGUCUGAAGCUUCAGCAAUGUGUGUUGUAUGUGAAGCACUGCAUUCCACUGGUUAUGAUGAGUGAAGGUAGUAAAGUUGUGUCCCUUAAACCUUUAAUAGUAAAAAGAAAUUGGGUAUGUAGCAUAGAAGAGACGUGGUUAGGUUCCAGAUUUAGGGAGAACUAGUACACAUAUUAAGUUUAUUUUUUCAGAGGGUGGGUUUUGUUUUGGGGUGCUUGGUGCAUGUGGUUGGCAUUUGUGUGGAAUUAAUGCCAUGACACAGAACCAGGUAAGUUGCAUGAGCGGUAUUAGUCGUACUGUACUCUAAAAUAUAAAGAGAAGUUGUCAAUAAGAUGCCUUAAAAAGAGAAAAGAUCCCUAACACUAGUAAAUAGUUCGCGGAAAUCCACGCGUAAAACGGCGCACUAAAGCUCAAAUCCAGCAGCAACAGAAAUCGUCCUACACUUUUUCUACAAAUUAUGGUUCCCCGUAAAAAUCCACAGCAGCGGCGCAAACUUUGGCCCUGUAGGUGCCAGUCGAUGCCCACCGACGUUCUCCAAAAUGCGCAUUUUACGCACAAACUGCGCGUAAAGGUAAAUGCCAGGCGCCCGUGUCCCUGCACUAACAUUUCGGAUUCACUGCGACCCGUAAAAGAAGGGGAAAAAACGUAGGCCUUCUUCUCCCUUUUAAACCUCGACGCUGUCCACGUCCUCAAAAAGAAUGGAUCUAAUUAAAACGUUGCACUCGUCAUCAUCGCCAAAGCUUUGCCAAACGCUUUCUGGUGGAGAGGAGGCUGGGAGAUGCAGCACCACAUGACUGAGUAUGAGCUGGAGAGGGAUGGGAGUCAGAUUGGGUUUCUCUGCUCUGAUUGGCUAGGGGGCUGACUUUUGACACGCAGACCAGGGACCCUCCUGCCGUAUAAAUAGGCCUGAUAGAACUUUAUUAUUCUAGCAUCACGGCAGCAGGUUUGUGCUCAGUUUGGAGUUACUCUUGUCACCACAACUGUAUGCCUGCUUGAAGGUGGUUUAAAAAACAGGGGCUCAGCAGCACAAGGAGUCUGCAUGUCUGUGUAGACAUGCUCAGCUUUGUGGAUACCCGGAUUCUGUUGCUGCUUGCAGUAACUUCAUUACUAGCAUCAUGCCAAUGUAAGUUUGAAUAUCUGCUCUUUUUCUGUGAUGGAUAUUUUUUUUCUUUCUCGGGUCUCACUGCUUUGAGGAUCUUGCACUUGGCUUUUGUUUUGGACGUACAUCAAGGUCAACCAGAAGACAGCUCAAAGCAAGGCUGAAUUUAUCUCAACGGAUUGAGCUCGUGCAGAGGAUUCUUCACUUUUUCCAAGGAUACAAUUAUUAUGAGAGAGGGAGAAGUUGCGCAGCAGAAAAAAGUUUUCUCACUUUGAAAAAGACCUCUAAAGUAGUCAGUUUAGAGUCUGUCUUACACUUUAAAUGCAUGUGGGGCUCUUAAAAUAGGUUUAAUGUGGAUUUCUUUUAGACAAAGGAUGAAAAACUAAGUGGGGCGUUGUACAGAUUGUUCCAUCCAGACGUCCAGGGCAUGAGGCUUUCUCAUAGGAAACAGUAAUGUCUCCCCCUGGUGGUCGGGUUCAGGCUCAGCUUGGCAUCAGUUAGACUUUCCCCACUUUGAAGAGAAACAUCUGUUCAUCUAAUCUAAACCACAAAUAAAAACUAGUGCUCAGUUAUUUCAGUAUUUUCACAUUUCUUUAAAGUAGAUAUCCCUUUAAAAAUUUAGCUGGAUUUUUCGUGACGGUUUUUGCUUGAUUCGUCAAAAUCUCGAUCACAAAACGAUUUUAAAAUAAGCUUUUUAAAUUACCAGACAAGUUGAAGCUUGUGAGCAACUUUUUUCACCAUUAUAAGUGCAUUAAUUCAAGAAAGAAAUUAGUCUCACAUCACUUUGAAUGCUCAAGUGCGCCACCUUGUGGUCCAUUUUGGACACCAGGGUUUUUAGAGUUCAUGGAGAGGUCCCAGCUGUGCCAAACCCAGCUGUGUCCAGCUCUGAGGCCCACAUCUGCAACACAAAAAAACACUGAAAUCAGACAUUUAUAUAAGAGACAGUCAUUAGAUUAUGAGAUUUUUACAAUAAUUUCUCAAUUUAAAUAAGCAGAAUUUGGUUUAAUUUAACUUAAAUCAUGAAAUGUAAACUUUAAAUCAGAUCAUUGUUCCAAUAAUACAGCAGAGAAUACACUUUAAAUAAUAACAGAUGUCAUGCACAUGUUUUCAAAUACAUUGUAGGUCUAAGCUUGUUUGCAGAAGCAGGCCAAAUAUUCCUGUCCCAAGGGCAUGACGUACCUGCACAGGCCUGUUAGCAGCCUGAUCCUCUUCAUAUGGAAUGCUAUUGAACACUUAGAUUCACAUUCUUCUCUGGGUUAGACAGUUUGGAGAUGUUAAACGCGUAAAAAUAACCCAUAGCUACACUUUUGGACUUGAUUCAUGAUUCGCAUAAUUGUGAGCAGAUUGUCAGCACAUAAAAAACACAGGAGGCUGAUGGUUCAGGCAUGACAGGAGCAUAUAUGACUGUUUUGACUUCAAGCGCCGUUAAUGGUGUGAGGCCUAAAGUUUUGGACAUAAGAACAGUCAGAAAAAAAUCAAGUUUCCUCUUUUUUAAGGUAGAUUACUUAAACGUGGAUUAGUGUGUUUAAAUAUCCCAAAUGAAGUCUUGUUUGUGCGUGGUGAAGAUACUCCUCUCCUAGACCGUUAAAGUGAAUCAACUUUUCCACCCUCAGGGAAAUACAGUUAUUUUUACAUGAACUACAGUGAGCUGUUAAGACCUGAAUCCAAAUGAGCACAGAGACAUAGACUGACAUUGUUUCUUUCACAGCUGACUGUAUUUUUCUGUUACUGUUUAUCAUGUUCUAAUGAAGUAUCCCCUCUUCUCUCCCGACCCUCCUCUUCUCCCCUCUUCCUCCUCUUCAUCUCUCCAACACCACAACACCACAGCGGUUAGUACACAUGCAUGAAAUCAUUUUAAGAUAGCUUUACCUUUGUCACUUUGUCUUUUUCAUCCAAAUACUCCACAAGCAGACGCCUCUCUCCGGUCGGUCUUUACCUUUUCAGGCAAUCUCUUUAAUGGCAGAGUAUUUCAUGCAGGAAUUUCUCCCUUCCUGUCUAUGAAUAGGUGAGGGUCCCAUUGGCUAAAGUUUGUGUCAAUGAAAGGUAAAACCACAGCUCUGAGGCACCCAUGGGGCCUGGUACAAAGGAUCCUUUCUGAGGGGCAGAGGGAGGUUUGCCCCUAACAGCUGGCUCUGGGUCAGUUCAGAGUCUUCCUCUGCUGCUUGAUGCAGAUGAGAUUUAGGAGGCAAGGUUAUGAAAGCUGAUCUCAAACCUGUUUGAAGAAGGUGAGAUCUUAAGCUCUGAUUAAAAAUUUGUGUGGACUUGAGGUAAACGAACCCUGAUUGAGUUUGCUUUCAUAAAUCUGCUCAUUAGUGAGAUUGCCUAAAGUUAAAAACCUAUCUGGUGUUUACAGCAAAUGUGGGUCUAGUGCUUUUGCAGAACCUUUAAUGUCCCAUAGACUUGUUGAGCAUCAGAUUGUUGAGUUUUGUUUUGGUAACGCUUUAAUAACUUACUCAUGUAAGCAUCUCUGCGCAGAAGAUAGUGCCUUGUAUCAGAUGCACAUCACUCUGUUGUAUUUUUAUUAAAUCUUACACCUGCAUGAGCAUGUUUUACUUAUCCUUUUGGAAGCUUAGACCACUUAUCAAAGUGCUUAGCAAAGAAUAAUGAAUGUUUGAAAAAAGCCUGAAAAGACUGAAUAAAUAAAUCUUACAUUUAUUUAUCUUCUUUUCUAUUCAGGGAAGGGUCAAGGUGAGCACAUGAUGUUGUUCUUGUGUGUCAUUUUGCACCUACAGUGGCAUAUUAAGAGUAGUUUAGAUAAGAAGAAGAAGAAGCCACAGAGCAUCUGUAUAAAGUGUAUUAUAAUCACUGAAAUGUGUUUUGACUUGCUUGUGCUCUUACUGUAAGGGUCAAGUUUGUUUACAUUCACAUUUGACUGAUUUAAACAUACACCAGAUUGUUUGGAUAUGAGCCAUAUCUAGUUUUAGUUUAGUGUUGCAUAGAUUAGAGGCAGUGGCAUGCUUUAUGAGAGGAAUAUGUUGGAGCUGACGUGUUGUUACAGCAGACGUCUGCUCUGUAUUUUGGUCUGACUGCCUGGUUUUUCUGCUGUAGGGCCUCAGAGGAGACAAAGGACCUCGAGGUGACAGGGUAAGCUAAAGUGAAACUCUAAUGCCUCCUAUUGAACAGAAGUGUCUGGAUAUGUUUUUGAUGCACCUUGAGGCUCAAAAAUUUUUGACCCAUUUUUUAGGUCUGCGAUUGUUGGUGUCGCUUGACCUCCUAACCCCUUUAGGCCCCGCCUCUUUGUUUACAUAGCCUAUAGGCCUUUUAAUUUGUUAAUGGACGUAAAAUAAUAGGUCCUUUUUGAAACUUAAGACUCACUGUAUUUCAUGUUUAUCCAUCCUUGUGAAAUAAAUCAUGGAUAAACAACAUUUUAAAACUUAAAUUGUGUUUAUAACUUAUUCUUCAACUUAUUCUUCUUAUUAAUCAAAUCCUGAUUAGGAUUUGGUGCAACUGGUGCAACAGAGAUUUAUCCAUCGAAUAGAAUUUAAGUUUAUCUAUGAAUACCUUCCUCCAUAAAGCUUCCUGUUAGUACUUUCCACUCAGUAACAGAGUUUACUCACUUCAUCUUUUGUGCUUUUUUUUUCUUUAACAGGGUCCUCAGGGCCCCAAUGGAAGAGACGGAAAACCUGGACUCCCUGGCCCCGCUGGUCCCCCUGGUCCCCCUGGACUUGGAGGAGUAAGUUCACUGUUUUGAUGCACUUAAAAGUCUCCCUGGUGUUUUAUAAUGUGUAAAAACUCUGCAAAAAUAAAUAUACACAAAGAUGACCUAAGUUCACAUAAAAAUAGCAAUAUUUUGCUAAUCAUGUCAUGACCCAGUGACCUUUGACCUAGCAUUUGUCCCCAGAGCCACCUGAUACACAGCAAUGGUUACUGUUAGUGCUAAUCUCUAAACAUCCUUAAAAACACUGAAUGCUGGAUUGUAUUUCAUAAUUUAUCAAUUUUAAACCGUAUUUCUGUAAAAAUCAGUUUGUUCCAUAAGAGAUGUGCAGACAACUCUGACCUCAGCUGACUGUUUUCCUCUAUUGUUUGGUGCUCUGGUCAUUUAGAAGUUCUUGUACAUAACCCCAGUUUCUUGUGUCCCUAACUUGUCUUUUUUCUCCCUAACAGAACUUUGCUGCUCAGUAUGAGGGUGCAAAAGCCCCCGAUCCCGGCCCUGGACCCAUGGUAAGGAAGCAUCCUGACCCACACAAAAAUGAUGAGUCAACUAGCACUGAUUCAUUUGUCUUCAUGACUAAUUAUCUUGUUUUUCUUUUCAGGGUAUGAUGGGCGCCAGAGGCCCUCCCGGACCUCCUGGACCCCCUGUAAGUUACUGAAAAGAUCCAUUAACCAUGUUGAUUACCUCAGAAUACAUAAACUUGUGUUUCCAGGCUGUUCAAAUGUAGACUUACCUUUGUGCCUCGCAUUGAUCCACAGGGAGCUCAAGGACACACCGGACACGCUGGUGAGCCUGGAGAGCCCGGACAGACUGUAAGAUCAUCCCACAAAAUAUUCAAAUGAUCCACUUAAAGUACAGCUUGAGGUAUCUCACCCAAAGCACGAGUCCCCUCUGAGAUUUACACUGUCUGUUUUCUCUCCCAAGGGCCCCGUUGGUGCUCGUGGCCCCCCUGGACCCCCUGGCAAAUCUGGUGAUGAUGUAAGUAAAUAAGUGUUUUCAGAACCACUUUUCACUCUGACUUUUUGAAAAACUUCAGAAAACUUCUUCAAAACGUCAGAGGACUAUGCUAACAUGUGUUGUGCUGACUUACAGGGUAACAACGGCAGACCCGGCAAGCCUGGUGACAGAGGCGCCCCUGGCCCACAGGUAAGAGAGAUACUCUGCAAAACCCAGAGAACAAAACAGAAGCAUACACAGACUUCUGAAGUGUAAAUAAAGGGUGUGUCUGAGUAAUGUCUUCCUUUGUUUUGACUUGCAGGGUGCUCGUGGAUUCCCCGGAACCCCUGGACUUCCAGGAAUGAAGGGACACAGAGUGAGUGUGGAUCUUCACUUUUACAAAAACCAAACCCAGCAUUCAGCUUAAACCUACUUUUGGCUGGGGAAAAGUAGCCAAAAAUUCUCCAAAAAUAUGCAUGUAGAUGUUUUGGAGUAAUGCAAGCAAUGCUAGCAGUGAUAUUGGAGAUGAAGGCCUCUCACCUGCGGCCCAAAACUAGACAUAAAAAGGGGCUGUUUUGAGGUACAACUCCACAGGUGGAACAUCAUUUGUAAGGUCUAAUAUAAACCACGGGAAAAUGUUGCUCUUCUAGUAAAAACAGCUUAAAAAGUGGAUGUCACACCCAAAGAUUUGAGGUGUUUGCAUCGUUCCAUUGAUAAUCUUCUUUAUCUCACAAGGACCUUGAGAAUUAGUCUCCUCUUUUCCCCCUUGUCUUUUUCUGAUUGUGCUGAAAGUAUCCUAUUCUAGUAGCAAUGAAAGAUUAAUGUAAAGAUACUCAACCUUGUCUUUGUUUCCACAUUGCAGGGUUACACUGGUCUGGAUGGACGCAAGGGAGAGCCUGGUGCUGCUGGAGCUAAGGUAAAAGGAGCACCUAGCCGAAUCUUUUAAUUUGAAUUUGAAUCUUGACAUUAGCCACAUGAUAACAGAUGAGUAAAAUACAACUAGUUUAUUCUACUUGACCUUAAAUCCUAACAGCUAACCUUCUCCUGUCUCUAUUAUAGGGUGAGCCUGGUGCACAUGGAGCUUCUGGAAGUCCUGGACUCGCUGUAAGUUUUUUAUGGAGUUGAUUGAUGCACAAAGCCUUGGCAACGCGAUCAAACGUCACUCAUACUACCUAUUGAAACUCCUGCUGAAAAUCCACCCUACACUUUGCUGUCAUGCACAGCAUUGUGGUUGUUGUUUCAUUAUAUUCUAGGUCAUGAUUUAUAAUACCAUGCUCUUCAUCACCUCUGUUUUUUUUGUGUGCUCUCCCUGCAGGGAUCUCGUGGUCUGGCUGGUGAGAGAGGUCGUGCCGGCCCUGCUGGUCCCGCUGGUGCUCGUGGUGCUGAUGGCAAUGUUGGUCCCGCCGGCGCUGCUGUGAGUACUGGCCCUUUAAAAAAGAAAAUUACGUUGGAAAGAAUUGAAAUGAAAAAAGAAGAUCUCAUCACAAAAAACAUUGUUAUUCCUUCUUACUGCGCAGAUAAUGAUGUGUUGAAUGCUAGAAAUAAAGCUGUACUGCUGCAGUAGACGCACCACUAUAUGGGAAACAAUAUUUCAGACUUUGACCUCGAUAUGAACUUUGACCCUCAUGAGUCCUAAUGUCAUAUUUUCCCUCCUACCCAGGGUCCCCUCGGUGCUGCUGGUCCCCCAGGUUUCCCCGGUGGCCCUGGCCCCAAGGUAAGUGUGAUGCCAUCUCCUGACUGAUGUUAUCAUGUCCUCCUGGAGAGGUUCAUGUGCAGGGUCUCUGAAGGAGCAAAUAGAGUUCAGUCCAGUAGUUUUCUUUUUUUUUUUUUUUUUUUUUUUUCUGGUGUAUCCCAAACCUCAGAGACUAUUCCAAUUAUUUUUAUAUCUAAAGGAUCUCAUAAAACAAACACUCAAAUUCAAACCCAAAACAUCCUCAUGACCCAUUCUGCACUCUUAAGGACAUCAUCAAUGUGAAAGUUAUAAAUAAACAGAAACUGAUUUUAAUGUUGAUGUCAUUGUUUAAUCAAAAAUAUCUUUUUUGUCUUUGAUAGGGAGAGAUUGGACCUGCUGGAGCUACUGGCCCUUCCGGACCUCAGGGAGCUAGAGGAGAGCCCGGUCCCAAUGGUGCUGGUGGCCCAGUUGGCCCCCCUGUAAGUAUAUGAAACACUUGCCUGUACCAGAAAAUUAAGGAGCUUUUCUUUGAUGUCAGUCCUAAAUUUGAUCUUGAUUAUUUCAGUCAAAUUAUUCUUUAAGUCACAGUGGGGAGUUUUAAGCAGUAGUGAUACAGUUUGAAAUGAAUAGUUGUCAUUCUUGAUGGACUAAGAAGUAAACAAUGCAACCCUUGGUUUGUAAAAGACAUGAUCAACAGAGAGAUAAGAAAUUGAUCUUUGUCUAUAUGGGGCCAAACCAACAGUUCUUCACAGGAGCUUUAAACUCUGCUGUUAGAGAUAUAGAGAUGUUGGUGUUAUUUCAAAAUGAAAGUCAACAAUGAACUAUGGUUAUACUUAAAUUUAGCGAGUUGUAUUACAACACUGUAUUGGUGAAUAUGUGUUGUCAAAUGUGUUUUGUUGUUGUUGUUUUUUUUACCAUAUUGUAUCGGUGUCCAUAGGGUCGUUUGGUUUUCUGUGUAUUCAUUUACACAGUAAAUGUGAAGACCCAGCACUCAUACACUCACUUACUGUCAUCAGGCUGCUUAUGUUGAAUAUUUCAGAGCAUGGACCUAGUAACAGCUGCAGACCAGCUUGAUUUUUUUUUUGGAAGUAUUUCUUUAAUUUCUUGUCUUCUCUUCAUAGGGUAACCCUGGUGCUAACGGUCUGAACGGAGCCAAGGGAGCUGCUGUAAGUACUCAAGUUAUGCCAUCACGGUUAGCUCAGGUCAAAGGUCAGUCAGUGUGACAUUAAUACCCUGAGAGGAUACUUAAAUAAGGCCGACUUCAAGCUGCACUCAUUACAAUAGUGGUUUUCGUUUUGACUCAGACUGCUAAUCUAUUAGUUUUGAAUCAGACUUCAGAUCGAUUAACUUUGACUCAGACUUCGGAGCUAUGAGUUUUGAAUCAGACUGCAGAUCUAUUAACUGUGAUUCAGAAUUAAGAUCUAUUAGCCUUGACUUAGAAUAUAGAUCUAUUAGCCUUGACUUAGAAUAUAGAUCUAUUAGCCUUGACUUAGAAUAUAGAUCUAUUAGCUUUGACUCAGACUGCAGAUCGAUCAGCUUUGACUCAGACCUCAGAUUAUUUGGAUUAUUAUCAUUUACAUCAAAAGCGAAACAAUAAUAAUCAGACAGAUUAGUCAAAGACAGUGUUUGUGUUCAGACUUUAAGGCGUUCACGAUGCUCACCUGUCCAUUACAUCUGUCUUUUAGGGUGCUCCUGGUGUUGCUGGAGCUCCUGGCUUCCCUGGACCAAGAGGAGGACCCGGACCCCAGGGUCCUCAGGGUGCUGCUGGACAGAGAGGUCUCUCUGUAAGGACAAAACACACAAAAAAAUAUUCUUAAUCAUUCACACCCAUCAAUGGUUCUGCAAUCUCUGAAUCGUCUUGUUUUUGGUUUUAGGGAGAUCCUGGUGUUCAGGGUAUCAAGGGAGAUGGUGGUCCUAAAGGAGAGCCUGUAAGUUCACAAUCCCACCAUUGUGUUUAGUCCAAAUUUUCACUUAACCUUAAUGUACACUGUUUGAGGCUGAUGCGUCAAAACUUUUCUGUUACCCCCUUCAGGGUAAUUCUGGACCUCCUGGACCCCCAGGACCUCAGGGUGAGGAGGGCAAGAGAGGACCCACUGGUGAGCUUGGUGCCACUGGACCUGCUGGUCUUCGUGGAGCUAGAGUGAGUACCAGGAGCCGCAUUGUACCCUGACAAAUCUGCAUCCUGAGGUUUUGACACUUGGUCACCUGCUUGUUCUAUGUGUCUCCUUAGGGUGCUGCCGGUAGCCGUGGUAUGCCUGGAUCUGAGGGAAGAACUGGACCCAUUGUAAGUAAACCGCAGACACAUGGACACACCAAAAACAUGCAGCUUCAUAUGGUGGAAGUUUCACUUUGUGUGUUUCUUCAUAGGGUAUGCCUGGUGCUCGUGGUGCCACUGGUGCUGGUGGACCACGUGGACCCCCUGGAGAUGCUGGUCGUGCUGGUGAGCCUGGACCAGCUGGUCUCAGGGUGAGCAUUUUGCUACAAGAUUGGGAUAUCUCAAUAAGACCAACAGAAUCAUUGGAGUUGUUGAUUAUUGAACCCAAGAGUCUUAUCUAAGGAAAAACUACUGAGAGGUCAGCUACAGCUCAGAUGACAGAUCCCAAAUACAACUUAAUGAUCAGUGUCUUUCCCACAGGGUCUCCCAGGAAGCCCCGGAAGCUCUGGACCCCCAGGAAAGGAGGGACCUGCUGUGAGUACAACUUAAAUUUUACACUGAAUGAGAAUCAACUAUCGGUGUUCCUCCCAAUUUUUCAUUUACUGACAUAAGAAGUGCCACCAGCAUGACUUCCUAUUAUUUCCUAUGUCCUCCCUUAGGGUCCCGCUGGAAUUGAUGGCCGCACCGGACCUCCCGGCCCAACUGGACCUAGAGGCCAGCCUGGAAACAUUGGCUUCCCCGGACCCAAGGGAUCUUCUGUACGUAUAAAUAAAGAGCUAAUGCAGUGAAAAAUUAGCAUCUGAAGCUAAAACCUAUUUUUAUGUCAUAACCUGGACUAAACUGACCUUGAACUUCCUUCAGGGUGAGGCUGGCAAGCCAGGAGAGAAGGGAUCUGCUGGCCCCACUGGUCUGAGAGUAAGUGUGGAUAAUACCUAACCUUUACCUGAGGUUUGUUUGUUGGUUUGUUGUCAUUUUUAAAACAUGCUAACAUGUUGCUGCGUUUGCAUUUAGGGACCUCCUGGGCCUGAUGGAAACAAUGGAGCUUCUGGAGCUUCUGGACCUGCUGUGAGUACCCUACUGUCCUAAUAUCCACAUGAUUUCUUUGCUGAAGCUGGAUUUGAGCUGUUUUUUAACACUUCUGCUCUCUUUCUCUCCUUGCAGGGUGGCCCCGGAGAGAAGGGAGAGCAGGGACCUUCUGGAGCCCCUGGCUUCCAGGUUUGGAUCCAUUAUUUGACUCUUAAAAUGAACCAACAUCAUAUUUUAGUUCAUAUAAUAACCUUAACCCUAGGACACUAUCACUAAAAUCAAUAACACCAUCACUAUCGCCGGGUGAUUUUUACCCGAAAUAAUACACCCAACAAAAACUACUUGUCAUCAAAAUAGGACAAAACAUGACAAAUUAAAGUAGUUUUCUUUUAUUUUUAACUGUGAAAUGUCCAAAGGGAGGGAAAAAAGUGCCAUGAGGGACCAUAUAAAAAAUAUGGCAGAUUUUGAGUGAGUAAAAAUGACUAAAAUAUUUCUUAUCACAUAUGAAUUCCCCUUAAAAUCACUACUUUGUGAUAGUUAUUUAUAACCACUGCGCUAAAUAAAGAUACUAUGCAAAUUCCAGGACCACUCUUACUGACCUUAUUUGCCUACAUGCAGCUAUCAAAUCCACCCAAACCUACUUACCCUCUAUCACUAUUGCCAGGUGAAAAUCACCAGAACACGUCCCUGUAGGAAAAAGCAGGUUUUGGAUCAGGGAAACAAAUCUGCCUUCAAAGAUGUCAAAGGCAAUGCUGAAGCUACCCAGUGACCCAUGAUACUCAGACAAACGCAACAUAAUGAAAAUCACGUAAACAUAUUUGGUCGGGUGAGAAUAAACCGCCGAUAGUGUUCUAGGGUUAAGGGCUGCAAUUGUUGAUUGUUAGGAUUGGAUACUCUGACCUACUGAUCACUAAUUCUAUUUUGAAAUGACUUGAAAUGUUUUUCACGUGUUUAUUUAAAGAUUCUAUUUUUUAUCACUGCUGGUUCUGAUGUUGUGCUCUGACAUUUUCAGGGUCUGCCCGGCCCCGCUGGAGCUGCUGGAGAGGCUGGCAAGCCCGGAGAGAGAGUAAGAAGCGAAAAAACUCUCAUCAGAACAUCAUAACAGAACAUGGACACAGUACAUAUAAGCAGUGCACCUCUAACCAAACAUGUAUGUCUGUAGGGUAUCCCAGGAGACCAGGGAGUUGCUGGACCUGCUGGUGCAAAGGUGAGUCGGUCAGCAGCCAUGUGUUAUCACUCGAAGUAGUCGGCAGUCUUUUGUAUUUAAAACAUACAUGAUAAGAGACACUCACGGGCUCUGCGUGUUCCUUCAGGGAGAGCGUGGAAACCCUGGUGCUGCUGGAUCUACCGGACCUCAGGGAAACAUGGGACCCCGUGGACCUGCUGGACCUCCUGGAGCUGAUGGUGGCAAGGUAAGAUGAUUGCAAUGGGAAAUUCAGCACUAAAUGAAGUUUACAGUUCACUGAUAUAUUAGAUCAGUGCUGGAAUCGUGACAGAUGAGGAGUUUUGGGGCUCUUUUGGGUGUUAUUAGAAGAAAGUGUACAGUAGAAUUUUGUAUUUGAGAUAUACAGGUAUAUGUGUUCAGGCAAAAACUAACCCAUAACAUGUCCUGUGUGCUCAUAGGGAGAGCCUGGUCCCGCUGGAGCUGCUGGUGCCCCUGGACAUCAGGGACCUGGUGGUAUGCCUGGUGAGCGUGGAACUGCUGGAGCUGCUGGAGGCAAGGGAGAGAAGGUGAGAUAUAAAGAAACACAACCAGCGUGUCAAACAAGCUGAAAGUAUCCUUGUUUUGUUCUGAGCAUCUCUUCUCUGUCAUUCACUUUGCACCCUUACCUAUAACCCCCCCCCCUUCUCUCCUCAUAGGGAGAGCCUGGACACAGAGGACCUGACGGCAAUGCUGGAAGAGAUGGUGCCCGUGUAAGUAAAACUCUCUGGUAAUAAAAGAACUGCAACAGCUGGCUGUGUAAACCAGGUCUGAGUCCCUUCUUUUCUCUUUUUAGGGUCUGGCUGGUCCUGCUGGACCCCCUGGACCCACAGGAGCUAAUGGUGAUAAGGUAUGUAGCUGAUGCGUGGAUAAUUUUUUAACUUAAAAACAAUCAUGAAAAUCGUAAGGACGUGGAUUUUAGGGUGGAAACUGUAACAUAGAUUAAUUGUAGUUAUGACACUUUGUUAAAACUUAAACAUAAUAAAAUUCAAAAUGGCCGACAUACUCUUAUAUGAGUGAACUGCAAUAGGAAGUCGUUUUCUGGUAAAACCAACCCCAGACACGAUACGAUGAAAAAGCUAACUCAUUGUAUUUUUUUCAGAUGUUUACUGACCUGAGAAAGAGUUUGGGUUGAUAGGUCAAGUGUUUGGGUUGAUAGGUCAAGUGUUUGAACAUACCUGAACCCAGAACCUCAACAUCGCCAUCCGAUGGUUGUUUGAUAAUACUACAACAAUGGCUUUACUGCGACAUAUUAAAAUAAAUGAUAGCAUUGGUUAAAGACCAUAAAUACAGCAAACAAAGAAUGCUUUAACAGUGAACUACUUAAUAAAAAAGUUUUCUUUAGUAAAAUUAAUAAUUAUAAUUAAAAAUGAAAAUAAUAUUAAUAAUUGUUUUUAUGUUGUUCCUGUACUGUUCCUGUCCACUGUACACAGACUUGUGAAUUAAUAAAUGGAUGUUACAAUGCCAUGCAAAUGAAACACUCACUAUUCUCCCCUGCAGGGUGAGAGCGGUAGCUUUGGACCCUCUGGACCUGCUGGAGCCCGUGGACCCUCUGUAAGUACCUGCGGCUGGCUUCCUUUAUACUGAAACUAAAUCCCCUGCAUUUUUAAAAAUCAGAUUGAAGCUGUGAGAUGAAGGGCAGCUUUUAUGUUUGACCUUUUCUGACCAACUUUUAAUCGUCCACAGGGAGAGCGUGGAGAGGUUGGACCUGCUGGCGCUCCUGGAUUUGCUGGACCCCCUGUAAGACACUCACUUAUCAGGACUCAAUGACAGUACACUAUAUGUCAAAGCAGCAGCUCAGAAAUUGACCCCACCUUGUUUCACUUCCUCCCAUUCAGGGUGCUGACGGUGCACCUGGAGCCAAGGGAGAGCGUGGACCUGCUGGAGGAAAGGGAGAAGUUGGCCCUGCUGGACCCGCUGGACCUUCUGGACAGUCUGGACCUGCUGUCAGUACCACAUACACAAAAAUGACGCAUAUUUGUAUCCAAAUCUGAAGUAUUUAUACUCAUAUUACAUACAGAUAUACGGCAUGUGUCUGAUUUCUUCUUAUGCAUUCAGGGUCCAAGUGGACCUUCUGGACCUGCUGGAGCUCGUGGAGAUACUGGCCCUGCUGUGAGUACUGGAAAACAAAAUAUAUUUAAUUCACUUUAUAUGUCUAUAAACAUAUAGGAACCAUAAAAACAUCACAUCUGCUCAGAUUUAAGACCUGCUACACAAACAUAACAAUACAUUUAAUGCUAUAAAGAGGUUUUCUGUCCUGUUGCGGGGAUAAACAAGAUCCAAGCAUCACAUUACAGCCACAGGGUCAUCAUUUGGAAAUGUUCAGAUUAUGAUAUUGUGUUUAUCUUGAUUAAAAUCAACCCUCUCUGCUCCCACGACCACAAAACGAAACAAUCAUGCCUUAAACAUGAACUUAAACUCAUAGUUUUUCACCAACUGCUAAUAUUUCACCGUGUGUAACCCGUGACUGUGUGUCUCCAAUUUCAGGGUCUCACUGGUUUCCCUGGUGCUGCUGGCAGAGUUGGCGCUGCUGGUCCCGCUGUGAGUACCAAUUACAUACACACACUUGCACAAAUACUCACACAUUUUUGAGCUUAACCCACUUCUCCUCAUACUCCCUCAGGGUAUUGUUGGUCCUCCUGGCCCCGCUGGCCCUGCUGGUAAGGAUGGUCCUCGUGGUCCCCGUGGAGAUUCUGGUCCUGCCGGUCCUCCUGGAGAGCAGGGUAUGGUUGGACCCCCAGGUCCAUCUGGAGAGAAGGGACCCUCUGGAGAGUCUGGCCCCGCUGUAAGUCAUACAUCUGUUUUUUUUUAGACCUUUAAAUGGUUUGGUUGGUCCUGUUGUAUGAACUGAUUUAUCUGAGCUUAUAUAGGCAUGGUUCCUAUAUUAAUCUCUAUGCAUCAAUAUGUGUUAUUUCUGUCUGUUUAGGGUCCUCCUGGUCCUCCUGGAACUAGUGGUCCUCUUGGUCUUCAAGGAUUCGUCGGUCUGCCCGGUGCUAGAGGAGACCGUGGUUCCCCUGGUGGUGCUGGUGCUCUUGUAAGUACAGACUAUAGUAACACAGAGCAAACACAACUUUCAGAAAUAGAAACAGUUGUCCAGUGAAGCUGUGGACUGAACUUGACUCUGAGAUUUCUCUGCUUCAUCACACAGGGUGAGCCCGGUAGAGUUGGACCAGCUGGUGCUCCUGGUGCCCGUGGUCCCCCCGGAAACAUUGGUCUGCCUGGUAUGACCGGACCUCAGGGAGAGGCUGGACGUGAGGUAAGGACUAAACAAGCAGAUUAAUGCACUGAGCUCUUGAUGUUGAGCUGUUUCAAAGUCUUCUUAGCAUCUAAAGCCAACUGAAAUAAGAUCUUCAUGUAACGAUCAACUUACAUGUUAAAGCUGUGAUGUUAUCUGACACAUUUAGGGUAACCCUGGUAACGAUGGACCCCCUGGUCGCCCUGGAGCUCCUGGAUUCAAGGUAAACCUCUUUCUUACACCUUAAACCAUGUUUGUAUUCAGAAUACAUGCACAUGAACUUUGCUCUGACUGUGAUCUUCUCCCUGUUUUCACCACAUCCAGGGAGACCGUGGUGAGCCCGGACCCGCUGGUUCCAUGGGACUUUCUGGUGCCCCCGGACCUGCAGGACCCACUGGUGCUGCUGGCAGACCUGGAAACCGUGGAGAGUCUGUACGUGUUAACAGCAACCUCCUCCUCAUCAUAACUUAAUCACCCUGUCCGGGAGCUUCAUCCACAGAUGUCUGCUUUCAUCACUCAUGGAUCACUCUGUUCUUGUCUUUCUUUUUCUGUAGGGCCCCGGAGGACCCGCUGGACCUGUUGGUGCCGCUGGAGCUAGAGGUGCCGCUGUAAGUACAAACAGCCCAUAGAAAAUAACCACUUAAAAGGGAAUGUGUCAAUCAUCCUCGUCUGGUAGAAAAUUGUAUUCUCCUCAGAUUAUAAGAUGUUGUGUGUGUCUGUGCGUGUUACAGGGACCUGCUGGACCCCGUGGUGAGAAGGGAGUUGCUGGAGAGAAGGGAGAUAGAGGCAUGAAGGGUCUGCGUGGACACCCUGGUCUCCAGGGAAUGCCUGGACCUUCUGUGAGUGACAGAACUCAAAAAUACACAAACGCACAAUGCGCUUGUUUUGACAAGGCACACAGUGAAAUCUAAAUGCAUCACAGAGUAGCAGGAUUAGCACCGUGAUGCAAAUACUGUACAAGCAUGCCAGGGCUCAAUAAUAAUCACUAUGAUGUACUUGUCUCCCCUCAGGGACCUUCUGGUGACACCGGACCUGCUGGAGCCAAUGGACCUGCUGGACCCAGAGUGAGUAGAGUUUAUACAUUUGUGUUGAAAAAGCUGGCAUGUCUUCAAUCAAAAAACCUCCUCAUAAGUCAGCAAUGAGCAGAGCUGUUUGAGGUAAGGUGUGCGUGUACACAUUUCUGUACGGCCAUUCUUCCUAAAGAUACUGAAAAAGUGGUGGCUAAUUAGCUUCUGACACAUUCAAGCACUACUGGACUUUUGGAGACUCUUAAGUCAGGUUAUAGUUCUCACCUCAGUACAUAGACAGCUCUACUUAAAGUCAUGAGUGGCCAGAUGAUACUAGGAAAUCUACAACAGUGAUUUUUUGGAGGGGUGGUGGGUUUAUUCCUAUUUAACCAGGCGGUCUUUAGUGUUGCUACUAAAAACUCACAUUUAUCCUGUCAGUUUGUCCUGAGGGGUACCUCAAGGGUCAGUUCUGGGGCUACUCAUAUUUUGUAUCAUUUUCAUUGUUAUGCUGAUGAUGCGCUGCUUUACCUUUCCUUUAGCUGUAAUAGCACAGAUCACAUUUCUUCACCUACUAACUGUACUACCAACCUUAAAAACUGGAUGGCCUACAGCUCAUUACAGCUGAGCAUGAACAAGACAGAGGUUAUCAUUAUCAGUCCAGACACUGCACACACCCUCAUCACCCAAUUUCUAGAGUCUCUCUCAGUAAACAUUUUUGUCAGCUUUUAAAUCUUUUGAGUCAUUUUGGAUGAGCACAUCAGUGCAGAUAGAAAAGUCGUAUUUUUAUCAGCUCAGACUGUGUUACACUUCCUAGAAAACACCCUUUUGUUUCUUCAUGGCUAGACUUCUUUGAUUCCUCAUAUUCUUACUUUUCAUAACAAUGUUUGCGUAAAUUCCAGAGAGUCAAGAAUGCGUCAGCCAAAACAUAAAAGUGUGCAUAUCACCCCUCUGUUAGCUUUAUUCACUGGCUCCCAGUCAAUUUUAGAAGUGAUUGAUAAACCUUAAUUACUUUGGAAGCACAAUCUGGACUUGCCCCCAUGUACAUCCCUGAUCUCCUCAUGCCUUGCAGGCUCAGUCGUACACUGUGGACCAGCAACCAGACUAGCAAAGACCUUAUCCUCUUCAGAAAUGGAAAAACUCACUUAUUAAGAAUGAUUUUACUUGGUCUGAGUUUAAUCUCAGUUUUAAUCAUGUAUAAGUGCUUUUAACUGAGUUUCAACUUCUUAUAUGAACUUUCUAUCAUCUUUUCCAUCUUUUAUUGAAUUUUAACUCAUUCUUGUUGAUCUCAUGUGCCUGAUCAGAUACAAAGGUGACAGAACUUUCCUGGGGGUUUUCCUGCUGUAUUUACCUCUUUUCAUGGGCUCUAAGUACCUAUAACCUUUGAGGGUCUCUUAUUUUCUGCAGGUCUCUGCUAAUCACUGUUAAUAGAAGUGAAGUUUCACAUGCAUGAAUGUGUGUAAAAGUUUUUUUGGAACAAAAUCAACAUUUCAAACAAAGAUUGAAACAGAGGCCAGUGAUGCAAGGUUUCCCAAAAAUGACAAAUGUUUGACCGGAUCAUGUGAUAAUCUCUCUUAGGGACCUGCUGGACCCCACGGACCCGCUGGCAAGGAUGGAAGAGCUGGCUCACACGGACCCAUUGGAUCUCCUGGUGCUCGUGGACCUCCUGGAUACUCUGGACCUGCUGUAAGCAAUGCUAAACUUUGUGUUCUGAAAGUCUUGAGUCUUCAUUUUGUAACAGAGACAUUACAGCUGAUAUAAUCCCCUCUCCUGUCUACAUCAGGGUCCCGCUGGAGCUCCUGGUCUGCCUGGACCUCCUGGCCCUGCUGGUGGCGGAUAUGAUGUUUCUGGUGGAUACGAUGAGUACAGAGCCGAUCAGCCUGCUCUGAGAGCCAAGGACUACGAGGUUGAUGCCACCAUCAAGUCUCUCAACACUCAGAUCGAGAACCUGCUCACACCUGAGGGAUCCAGGAAGAACCCAUCACGCACCUGCCGCGACAUCAAGCUCGGCCACCCUGAGUGGAGCAGCGGUAAGAACACCUUGUUCGAUGACAUAUCUGUGUAUUGUAGUUUACUUGGUUUUCAGCUGAUAUAUGAGAGAUUUGAAACCCCCUGGUCACAAGUUUGACUGUUUUUCUGCCUUUCAGGAUACUACUGGAUCGACCCCAACCAGGGCUGCAUCAACGACGCCAUCAAGGUCUUCUGCAACUUUGAGACCCGUGAGACCUGCAUCUCCGCCCACCCUGGAAGCAUCGCCAAGAAGAACUGGUACAGAAGCGCAGACAACAGAAAGCACGUCUGGUUCGGAGAGACCAUCAACGGUGGAACUGAGGUGGGAGUCUAGAGAGCUCUGACACUCAAAGAAAUAAAUGGUUGCCAUACGCAUGGGUCUAGAAGAUAAAUAUCUGUCUUUCUUCUUUACAGUUUACCUACAACGACGAGACCCUCAGCCCCCAGAGCAUGGCCACCCAGCUGGCCUUCAUGCGCCUGCUGUCCAACCAGGCUAGCCAGAACAUCACCUACCACUGCAAGAACAGCGUUGCUUACAUGGAUGACGAGAGUGGCACCAUGAAGAAGUCUGUGGUGCUCCAGGGCUCCAACGAUGUGGAGCUGAGGGCUGAGGGCAACAGCCGCUUUACCUACACCGUGCUUGAGGAUGGCUGCUCUGUGAGUACCUCUUCACUCCUUUAGCUAGCUUUGUUGUCAAGCUUGUUUGCAGCUGUGCAUCAAUUCUAAAACAUGGUCUCCUUUUUCGUCCCCAACACCUGCAGACACACACUGGUGGAUGGAGCCAGACAGUGAUCAAGUACAGCACGAAUAAACCAUCUCGCCUGCCCAUCCUCGACAUUGCACCUUGGGACAUUGGUGGAGCUGAUCAGGAGUUUGGUUUGGACAUUGGCCCAGUCUGUUUCAAAUAAAUAGACUCAUGAUAAAUUAACACCGAAAAAGAGAGAAAGAACGAAAAAAAACAAAAUCUCUGCCCUUCUUUCUGUGUUGUUUUUUUAUACUGAAUGCUGAUUUCUCGCUGCACAUCCACUUGCUUAAGAUGGGCAACUAUCUGAGAGGACUGAAAGGACUGAACGGAGCGUUUGUGCAAUGCAAAUUAAUACAGCAACCCAAAGGGACGCGGGAAAACACCUUGUUGUGGGACAUCAUGUCAUCCUUUUGUAAAAAAUAAAAGAAGUGUAAUAAAAACGCUGAGAGUAUGCAUCACGUUUGUGGUCUUUGUAUAUCUUCCACAGAGGAGGUUUAAAACCACAAUUUCCAUGAAAAAAAGGUUUAAACUACCUCAUGCUUGUACCUAAAGAAAAUACUAUUGACACAACCUUGGUCCGCAACAGAGAUGCUUCAAGCUUUGUCCCGUAUCGAAAGGUGCUCAGUAACUUGAAGCAGAGAUCUAUGGUGCUAAUAUGCAGCUGUGGAGCAAACCACUUUUUACUGUAUUACUUUGUAUUGACCUUUGAGGAGUCUUGCUUUGGUCCCCUGAUGCUUCCCCACUUUAAGCAGGUGGAAUGUUCCUAAACCUGAUGUCUGGUUUGUUAUUUGUUUUAUUUUAUUUGAUUUGGUUUGUUUUUUGUUUUGUCUAGAAGGUUUUUUUUCCCCCUUUGUUUUGUUUUUUUUUUUUUUUUGUUCAGGCUUUUUUACUCUUCAAAUCCCCCCCACAGCGAGUGUUCAUACUGACAGCAAUUAUUUCAUCCAAUUCUGAAUGGUUUCUACGGCGGCCUCUCUCUUUCUCUCAAAAAAUGACACCACAAAGUCUAUUGUACCUAUUUUGUAUAUGUGAGAUGUUUAAAUAAAUUGUGAAAAGUUCUGAAAUAAAGCAUGUCCAAUGUCCUAAAACACACUACUCAGUGACUUACGUGCUUUCAUGUAUUGACGACACCAUUGAAGCUGUGUCACUGUAUUUUGGUUCUCAUUUGGCUGACAUCAUCUCAGACUUGAACAUCUUCCUUUUGUGGAAGCACAGCCAGAUCCUCAUUUACCAUUCCCCUUUUUUCUUGCUUUCCACAGUACAUCAGAUUUUAAUGUACAGUAAAAUUCCUGUUGACACUGUCCAUGCCAAUGUGUGAUUACUAACUUGCAUUGUGUCUUGUAAAUAUGCAUCCUCUGAUGUUGCCUUUUCUUUGCCUAAUACAGCUUUUGCAUCCAAAUAAAUUUCUGUGUUUGGAUCAAGGCUUGAAUCGCAGUGAUACAUCCACACCAAUGUCAGGUUUUAGACUCAACCCGGCAUUCUUGUUACACAGAUUUGUCAGAGGCCAACAAUCAGUGUGAGUCUAGUGUGUUUAGGGAAUUGGGAUAUGCUCAAUUUCUGAAAAUAAUGUAUUCCAACUUAAGUCUUACAAAUGUAGACGUUUUGAAGCCUUCAAGGGUCACUUGCAGUUUUUCUGCAACCACAAGAGGGCGGUAUGGAUCUGUUUUUAAUAGAAUAUAUUCAACCCUGGGUGGUCAAAUAGUCAGAAAGCUCUUCAAAAAUAGAAACCUGAGUGCAAGACAGUAUCUGAGACCAACCAGCUUACAGUAUUCUCAUGGAAAAGCAACAAUCUGGACUGUUUACAUUACAUACACUGUACACAAAUGGCACCACUUCACUGACAUUUCCACUGAUGUUGAAGGUGUAUCAGAUGCUUCUAGUGGUGUUAGGAAUUCAGGCACGUUUAAGAGUUUUUAAUGGUGCAAGAGAGAGAGAGACUGAUAUUAGUAGAAAGAAACAUCAGCAGUAACACAGGCUAUUCCUACAUUGUAAUAUCUAAUGGGUGAUCUGCUGCCCUGAGAAAGAGUGAAACCAGGCAUGGAACAGCACUAUCCAGAAGCUGACUUUUCCUUCUUUUACAUUACCCAUUGCAAUCCAAGGGAUACAACUGACUGACAAGUUAAAUUAAUUUAAAAAAAGAAGGGUUUUUGAAUCAAUUUAUUUAUUUAUUUAUUUUCUGAAAAUACUUCCCACAUUCUGUAUGUACAAGUUCACUUUUCCUACAGGUGGCGCCAGAAUCAACAACAAAAUUUCCUUACAGGGAAAAAGUCAAAUAUCAUCACUUCAUAUUUCAUGCUACAUGGUAACCUCUCACUGCAUUACACUGUCAAACAUUUUCCUUUUAAUAACAUAUUUCUGGAGCUAAAGUUACCAGAGUUGUGGUUUGAAAUUGAAAGCUCCUGUGCAUAAUGUUUUUACUUCUUUGAAAUACAGUAAAUUUCACAUUGAUGCUUAUUUACGAUAUACAAAAGCUAACAAAGACCAGCAGCAACAUGAUUGAUGAUUGUUAAAGUGUAAUAUUUAAUGCCCAAAAACUGGUGUGAAGGGGUAGGUGUCAGCCAAGCAGCUGAAAAAAGGCCUAGUUUUACAUUUUCCACAUAAAAUAUUAUUAAUAAAUGAUAAAUUUGACUAUCAGCAGUCAGCAGGGUUAAGAUUUUGUCAGAAAUACUUGAGCACGUAGAAGACAAAAUAAAUAGAGGCUGCUUUGUCAACAGGAUGUGCCAGAAGUGAUGCAAACCAACAUUUCCUCACUAGAGCCUUUAAGAUUGAACUUUUUUUUUUUUUACAAUCUCAACUUAAAUGUUUGUUUAAAUGUUUGUUUGUUUUUAAGUCCAUCUUGAUAAUCUGCGACAGUUAAACCAUGUAAGCCAAAAACUGAGGCAAUCUAUCAAAACUGCAGAUUGAAUU